UACGAUUACAUCGUCGUCGGGUCCGGUCCAGGGGGAGCACCCGUUGCCUCGCAGCUCUCCAAGAAAGGCUUCUCGGUCCUUCUCCUGGACGCCGGUGACGACCAGCGAAGCAAUUUCAACGUCAGUAUCGCACCGGCUCUUGCCGACGUUGCUGCCGAAGACGAGAGAGUGCGUUGGGAUUACUUUGUGAGAUACCAUGCAGAUGAUGAGGUCCAGAACAGCAACCGUUACUUGACUUGGCAAACUGAAGACGGUGGCUACUAUGUCGGACAAAACCCCCCUGAAGGCGCCAGGCCGUUGGGAAUCUACUACCCACGGUCGGGCACGCUCGGAGGAUGUUCUGCACACAACGCUGGCGCCGCUAUCGUUCCUCAAGACAGCUUCUGGGACUACAUUGCCAACAUCACUGGUGAUGCUUCCUGGGGGCACGAGAAUAUGCGCCAAUAUUUCGUCCGCUUUGAAAACAACACCCACCUACCUCGCGGAACGCCCGGUCACGGGUUUGACGGCUGGCUGGCCAUGUCGACGGCUAAUCCAGAGCGGGUAUGGACGAACCGACCCGAGCUAUCCAUCCUCAGCCAGCUAGCCGCCACCCUCGGCCAUGAGAGCGAUGAAGCCCAUCUCUUCGAGAGAAUGCGAACAGACCCCAACUCGGUAGACCCGGAGCGAGACCACCAACAAGGCCUCUUCAGCCUCCCUUUUCACCACACACCCCUGGGCAACCGAACAAACGCCAAUCUUCUCCUGGCAGCCACCCUCGCGGAGCGCAAGGCAGAUGGAUCGCCGGCGAACCCACUCACGAUCCAGCUCGAAUCCUUGGUCACCCGUAUUCUCUUCUCACAUGAUGGCAACGAAGGAACUUACGGGAAACCCAACACCUCUGCCAGUAGUACUAGUCAGCCCCGAGCCACCGGCGUCGAAUACCUCCGCGGCAAGUCUCUCUACCGCGCCGACCCGCGCUCCGGCAACGCCGCCGCCACAAACCCUUCCACCCACCGCGUCUACGCCCGCCGCGAAGUCAUCAUCUCCGCCGGCGUGUUCAACACCCCCCAGCUGCUCAAGCUAAGCGGUAUCGGCCCGCGCUCAGAACUCACCUCCUUCAACAUCCCCGUGGUAGCCGACCUGCCCGGCGUGGGUGCCCGCCUGCAAGACGACUACGAGAUCAGCAUCGCGGCGACCGCGUCCGUCGAUUUAGGCCCCGCGACCCCGCCACCAGUACAAUGCACGCUGGGUCUCGGCGCCGACGACCCCUGCAUCGCCCUCUGGCAGCAGGGCCAGGGCCCCUAUGCAAUCCCCGGCCCAACGCACAGCACCCAUCUGCGGAGCUCUGUCUCGCUAAACAAUGAGAGGGAUCUAGUCCUGUGGAACCCGCCGGAUGUCUUUCGCGGGUUUUAUCCAGGGUAUUCCCGCCCGCAGGGCGACCCGGCGAGUACCUUCAGUUUCGCCAUGGUGCACACCCAGGGACGGAACCACCGCGGGGGCACGGUGAGGCUCAGGUCUGCGGACCCGAGGGAUGUGCCUGACAUUUUCUUUGACUUUUGGGCGGAGAACGCGGAUGAGGACUUGCAGGCGCUGCAUGAGGGCGUGGAGUUUGGGAGGAGGGUGCUGGGUGCGGUUGAGGCGCCGGUUGGGCCUUUUACAGAGUUCCAGCCGUGCGUUGGGCUGGUUGGCACGAAUUGCUCUGAGGAGGCUACCAAGGAGUUUAUUAGACGGCAGGUCUACUCGCAUCAUGCUUCGUCCUCGGCGGCUAUUGGCGCGGAUGAUGAUCCGCUUGCGGUUCUGGACUCGAGGUUCCGGGUUAGGGGGGUGAGGAACCUGCGGGUUGUUGAUGGCAGUGCGCUGCCCAGGCCGCCGAGCCCGUUCCCUAUUGUCGGGCAGUUCAUGGCCAGUUAUAAGGCAGCUGAGGUUAUUUUGGAGGACGCU